AUGGCAGGGGUUCCAAAUCGAGCACUGAGUCAAAACAGACAAGUUCCAGGUCUCAAGUCAAAGGAGUCUAACAUCAAGUCAAGGGAAUCUAACAUCGAGUCAAGGGAAUCUAACAUCAAGUCAAGGAAGUCUAACAUCAAGUCAAGGGAAUCUAACAUCAAGUCAAGGGAGUCUAACAUCAAGUCAAAGGAGUCUAACAUCAAGUCAAGGGAAUCUAACAUCAAGUCAAGGGAGUCUAACAUCAAGUCAAGGGAAUCUAACAUCAAGUCAAGGGAGUCUAACAUCAAGUCAAGGGAGUCUAACAUCAAGACAAAGGAGUCUAACAUCAAGUCAAGGGAAUCUAAAAUCAAGUCAAGGGAGUCUAACUUCAAGUCAAGGGAGUCUAACAUCAAGUCAAGGGAAUCUAAAAUCAAGUCAAGGGAGUCUAACAUCAAGUCAAAGGAGUCUAACAUCAAGUCAAGGGAAUCUAAAAUCAAGUCAAGGGAGUCUAACAUCAAGUCAAGGGAGUCUAACAUCAAGUCAAGGGAAUCUAAAAUCAAGUCAAGGGAGUCUAACAUCAAGUCAAAGGAGUCUAACAUCGAGUCAAGGGAGUCUAACAUCGAGUCAAGGGAGUCUACCAUCAAGUCAAGGGAGUCUAACAUCAAGUCAAGGGAGUCUAACAUCAAGUCAAAGGAGUCUAACAUCGAGUCAAGGGAGUCUAACAUCGAGUCAAGGGAGUCUAACAUCGAGUCAAGUGCCGAGUCAACAAGCCAAAGUCUGAAGUCAAGUCUCAAGUCCUAAAUAAGUCCCUAUAUAACCCUUUCUUAUAAUUUAAUUCCACAAAAGUAUUAUAUUACAGUCUUGUAAUCUAUUAUAACUGCUUGCCCAUUUAAUAAAGUAUUAGGGGGGUGUACUCAGUGAAUAUCCACCUGUAAAACUGGGCAAUCAAUUGCUCUGUGGAAGGUGCAAUGUGAACCAAACCCGGUCUCUGGUUUAACAUAUUUUUAUUGAAAAGUAAGGGCUUAGUAUGACCUGGUCUGGCUCCAAGACUGCAGAAAAAUUCUUUACAGUUAGCUCAUGGAAUGUGGAACAGAGUGUUAAUGUCAACUCUGCCGUCAAAUACUUCGAGAUUUGAAUGCAUGUUUUUCUUUAUUCCGUUUUUAUUUGUUUGCUUGUUUAUUUAUUUGUUAUUUUAAAAGCCUCCCUCUGUCCUAAACUCCAUGGCCAGACCUGAGAGACAAAGGGAACAUUGUGUGAUGUAGACAGCAGACCCCACCCCCCUACAUGUAAAAGUAUUAGGUUACUCAUGGAAAUGGCAUAAGGGUCUCAUGCAAGCACUGAAGACAUCGCACAUCUCAGUUAUUGGUUCCCUUUCCUGUUGUUCCAGUGCUUGAAAUUAUGAUGUAUUACGGGACAUUUCUCAUAGGGUGUGACUCCCUGUCCCACAAUGACACCAUGUUUCCUCGCCCUGGGAAUGUGGACGAUGUCUUCAACUGCCUCCAAGAUGUUCAUGCGAUAUCUCUCCCUGGGGAUCUGCACUCCUAAUGUUUGAUUUAGGGGACAAGUUGGGCCUUGAAGUUCUGUCCUUGAAUGCAGUCGCACGAAUCACAUAUAUUCAUUAACUAAGCAGCCGAACAUCUCAUAAGCAUUUCUGAAUGGAAAGAUAGAAGAACUAUGAUUAUUAGAGCAUUAGCAUGAAAAAUGAGCGACUGGUCAUGUGUUCUGUCAUCCUCCAAUUAUUCUUGGUUUGAGUAAAUGCAUAUCAACCCCCCCCAAAGAAAUUCAUGGAUAUUCCCUUAUGCUGGCGAUUAGCUGUAUUUCUUUGGUUUUAUGUCUUAAGUUCAUGUUUUAAUAACUUGUUUACAUGCCUUAUGUAUUUAUAUUCUAUUAUUGCAUUUUCUUUUGCACUUGAUUAACAAGCUCGACAUUUCCUCCCAGUGUAUGACCAGUAUAUUGCACAGCUGAAGGUGACAGUAUAGAUAC